AUGUCAUGCUUUCUCAUUAUAAGUGACCCAUUUAGACAGAAUGCAGCUUUGAAUUGUUUAUGGGUGUUUCAAUUUAGCACAAACACUUUACAGAAGCAUGAGAAAUUAAAGGGAAAAAGAUGCUUCGAGUGUUGCAUCAAAUGCCUGGGAGGCAUUCCCUACGCAUCUUUGAUUGCGACCAUCCUGCUCUAUGCUGGAGUUGCACUGUUCUGUGGCUGUGGACAUGAAGCACUUUCAGGAACUGUCAACAUUCUGCAAACCUACUUUGAGAUGACAAGAUCUGCAGGAGAUGUUAUUGAUGCCUUUACCCUGAUUGACAUCUUCAAGUACGUGAUAUAUGGUGUAGCAGCUGCAUUCUUUGUAUAUGGCAUUCUGCUGAUGGUGGAGGGAUUCUUUACAACUGGUGCCAUCAAGGAUCUCUAUGGAGAUUUCAAAAUCACCACUUGUGGCAGAUGUGUGAGUGCCUGGUUUAUUAUGCUGACAUACAUCUUUAUGCUGGCCUGGCUUGGAGUUACAGCUUUCACUUCUCUGCCUGUUUACAUGUACUUCAAUCUGUGGACCAUUUGCCGAAAUGCCACUGUAGUGGAUGGAGCUAAUCUCUGCUUGGAUCUUCGCCAGUAUGGUAUUGUAACUAUUGGAGAGGAAAAGAAGGUUUGCACCUCAUCAGAAAGUUUCAUCAAGAUGUGUGACUCUAAUGAGCUAAACAUGACAUUCCACUUGUUCAUUGUGGCACUUGCUGGAGCUGGAGCAGCAGUCAUUGCUAUGGUUCAUUAUCUCAUGGUCUUGUCUGCCAACUGGGCCUAUGUGAAAGAUGCUUGCAGAAUGCAAAAAUAUGAGGAUAUUAAAUCAAAGGAGGAACAAGAGCUGCAUGAUAUUCAUUCUACUCGCUCUAAAGAGCGGCUCAAUGCUUAUACAUAA